GGCGGUGUAUGGCGCUGCGUAGCUCUGUGGAUGGCCUAUAACUGCUGAGCUAGCGCCGGAGUAACCGUACAGCCCAUUGCAUACAAUUGGUCAGCUCACUUUUCUGGCCAAUGGUAGCUGCACGUUUGUAGAAGGAGAAUCCAAUGGUAGCAAGCACGUUUGUUGAAGGAUAAUAUGGUUAUAAAUUACUUCUAGUGUUGCUAAUUGAGAAACCAUGAUCAGACUUGUGACAAACUAUCAGAACUUUGGCAAAAUGAUUGUUCCGGUCAGAUGCUUCACAUGUGGAAAGAUUGUUGGAAAUAAGUGGGAGGCGUACCUUGGGCUACUGCAAGCGGAGUAUACUGAGGGGGAUGCUCUGGAUGCGUUAGGGCUAAAGAGGUACUGCUGCCGCCGAAUGCUACUAGCACACGUGGACCUGAUAGAGAAGCUUUUAAACUACGCUCCUCUGGAGAAAUGAAAAGUGAUUUGGGUACCGGAUGCUGUCUCCUGCCUGAUGUGGAACAAAACUUCUUCCUAGAAAUUACACAGCUCUGAGCGUAUAAUUUACUUGUCCUAUGGCUAAAACAAGGCCACACAUUCCUCUGUCUAACACACUGCUUCCUCUUCAAAAAGGCUUUUUAAAAAAAAAAAAAAAUUAAUAAAGGUUUUUUUUUUGUUAAUAGAAAA